UGUGUACUGCGGGGUCGCGGGGUCGCGGGGUCGCGGCGACGCGGGACUGAAAUACAAAGCUCAGUGCAAUCCCGUGCGGACAGUCGCUUGACAGCUCAGGUUACGUAGUGACCCGGGGCGCUCACCGUGUUGUCAUUGCCCCCAUUGGGACUGGGAGAUUCCGACCCCCCGCGACUGAGCGCCUGCUGAGUGCGGGGUGCUGUGCGGACAGGGUCCCGCCUCUUAGCUGGUUCCGGCCUCGCCGGCCCCGCGAGUGCCCUGUAAAGACUGCCAGGCAAUAAUGAAGGUUCUCUUACUGAAAGACGCAAAGGAGGACAACUGUGGCCAGGAUCCCUAUAUCAGGGAAUUAGCAGUGUAUGGACUUGAAGCCACAUUGAUUCCUGUUUUAUCAUUUGAGUUUUUGUCUCUUCCCAGUUUUUCUGAGAAGCUGUCCCAUCCAGAAGGUUACGGGGGACUCAUUUUUACCAGCCCCAGAUCAGUGGAAGCAUUGGAGCUGUGUUUGGAGAAAGACAGUAAAACUGAAGUCUGGGAGAAGUCUCUGAAAGAAAAAUGGAAUGCUAAGUCAGUGUAUGUGGUUGGAAAUGCUACUGCUUCUCUAGUGAGUAAAAUUGGCCUGGAUGCAGAAGGAGAAAGUUCUGGAAAUGCAGAAAAGCUUGCAGAAUAUAUUUGUUCCAGGGAGCCAUCAACAUUGCCUCUUCUGUUUCCCUGUGGAACCCUCAAGGGAGAUACCCUACCGAAAAUGCUCAAGGACAAAGGGAUUCCUAUGGAAAGCAUAAAUGUCUACAAAACAGUUCCACACCCAGGAAUCCAGGAGAACCUGAACAGCUAUUAUUCCAAGCAGGGUUUCCAUGCCAACUCAAAGAAAGCAUUCCUGGCCUGACAGAUGCCAUCAACUGCUCUGUAGAACUGGAAGAGCUGCUUCCGCCACUUCUUCACUGGGGCUCCUCACACCUUGCUGAACCUCUCUGAGCCAGUGUCCUCACUCAACUCAGGGCUAAUUAUCCCUAAGUGGUCCUGUGGACAUGUGUAUGGCCUUCCCUGCACAGGAUUUGCCUCAGGGUUAGAUGAGCCAAUCCAAACGAAGCCCUGCAUGCAGGGCUCGGUGCCAUGUUGACAUCCUUCCCUUCCUUUAUGCUCAGCUAAACAUUUUGAAAUAAUUAUCUAUUCUCAAGCACUCCCCUUUUCAUGUCUUUAAAGGAUUUACAUCCACAUUUUUAGGGACUAUGUGUUAUGAGUCUCCCCGUAAUCCCAACCCUUAAGCAUCUGUAAAGGAAAUGUCCUUGAGCUGGCUCCAGGAGACUGGAGAGGAUGUAGAGUGUGACCUGGAGCCCAGGGACAGAGCCACCACUACUAUUGAGCACUUACUACAGUCCAGCAAGGCCAGGUGGAUCUCACAGGAGUGUCUCAUCUAAGGCAUCCAGGCUGCUUUCUCAGUUAAAGAUGGAAUGUUAGGCCCAGAGGAGUUCCGUCCUGCCCCAUCUCACACUGCUGGGAAGGAGGAGUUAGAACCCAGGAAGUUUGAUGCCAGGCUGUUAUCCACAGCGAUACAUCACUAUGGUUCCAGGAGCCCUUAGGCAUUGGUCACGUAAUAUGUAUGCGAGCUGGUUGUAAGUAACCAGCAAGAUAGGAGUGAUUGUCCUUUACAGUGAAGAAACUGAGGCCCAGAGAAGUUAAGCAACUUGCCUAAGUCACAUGGUGAGUUACUGGGAGGCCCGCUUGUAUGUGGGUCACUGGGGAAGGGAGAUUGUAUCUGAAUCCUGUGGUUAGGUUAGAGUGAAAACCCCUAAGGUGCUUAGCAUAGUGACUGCCUGUAGCGUAAUGUGCAGGGGACUGGGCUUGGGCUGUGGCACCUAGGCUUAACCACCCAGGUCACUGGGCUGGCCCACCCCUGAUAUGCCCUGUGGACCCAACAAAGACUGGGGUUCCCCACACCCAGACUCCUCCCAGCCCCUGGAAGACUGUGCCACUCCCUAGGGUCCUAUAUUGUGAUCAUUUGCAAAUUUAGAGGGAGGCAAAGGCUCAGGUGAAAAAGUCUGUCUGUAACAAAACUGUUGGU